AUGGCUGCGACCUCUCCGACUGCUGGUGCCGGUUCUCCGAAGAAAGCCGGGAUGCCACGGCGUCAGGCUGCAGUAGUGCCACUGGAUUACUCGUUCAUGGGGCUCACGUCGCUCUCAGAAAUGCAACAGCAUGAUCCCAAGCGACAGACGUCGGUAUCGCUACGUGUGAACAACAACAAGAUCUUCAGCCUCGACGACAUGCAGGGAGCUCUUUGUGCUGUGUUUGACUACCCGGAGAAGUUGCAGUGGCUGGAUCUAUCGGGAAAUGCACUGGAGAGCAUUCCGCCCGACGCGUUCUCGGCGUAUCCGGAGCUGUUCACGUUGCACCUUCACGGGAAUUUAUUGAGCAAAUACUCGGACAUCGACGCACUUGCCAAGUGGCUGCCACGUUUGCACUCGAUCAGCUUGCACGGGAACCCGCUGGAGGAGAAGAAGCACUACCGCAACUACGUCAUCGCGUCGUUCCCGCAUCUGAAGCAACUCAACUUCAGCUCAGUGACGAUUGGAGAUCGAGAUCAGGCAGAAACCUGGACGAAGAUCUACAAGAACGCACGCAACGGAGGUAAAAGGCGAGACGACGAUCUAUGA